AUGAGUUUGCUCGAUAAGGAUAACCAGACGCAGCCCAAGGGAGCGCACCUUGAGGUGAUCCCUAACGAGAUGAGCGAGCCCAAACACGAUGAUAACGGCAUCGUGAAUGUCGCCAAAUCCAAGUUUGAUGAUCUCUCUGUUGGACAGACACUUUGGACCUUCCACCGUGUUGUGCUAGUCUCGCUUGCCGUGUAUACUGGAUUCGUCUGCGAAGGUUUUGAACUCAAAAUCGGAAACAACAUUCUUGCUAACAAGGGCUUUAUCAAACAAUUUGGAACCCGGGGUGGCAAGGGCGUGGAAGCACUCGAUCCUACCUGGGUCUCUACGUGGACUUCGCUUCUUAAUGUCGGUCAAAUUAUUACAUUCCUCUACAUUCCAUGGUACUCUGAUAGAUUCGGGCGGAAGGCUUGCUUCUAUCUCUCCUGGUUAUGGCUUGCCGUGGGCUGCGUCUUCCUCAAUGUGGCCCAGACUCCUUCUGUUUGGGCCCUCGGAAAGCUUUGCAACGGUGCAGGUGUUGGAAUUCUUCAAGUGACUUGUCAGAUCUACGUCAUGGAGAUCUGUCCAAAUAAAAUUCGAGGUGGCAUGAUCACCUUCCAAGCCGUUUGGAGUAACAUCGGUAAUAUCACCUGUAACGUCAUGAUGCAAGAGCUUAACAAGAGGCACCCUCUCAACUACACGCUGCCCCUACGCAUUCUCAUUGCUCCUGUGGUCUUGAUGAUGUUCUUCUGGGCAUUCGUCCCCGAGUCCCCAUGGCAUCAUACUCGCCGUGGCAACAAGGAGAAGGCCAUGAAGUCUCUGCGACAGCUGUACGGUGGCGUAGAGGGUUACGACUUCGAACAGGAGUACGACAUCAUUGCCAAGACAAUUCAGCACGAGAAGGAGUUCAUGGAAGAAGAACCCGGCUUUCUUCACGUCUUUAAGGGUGUGAACUUGAAGCGAACUCUGACGGUUAUGCUGCUUUCUGUCUGCUCACAAUUCGGCGGUCUCUCCGUCGUCCUGAGCUACUCGACUUAUUUCUUUGAUCUCGCUGGCCUUUCCGAUCCGUUCCUUGGUACUCUGAUCCUCUCAAUGUUCCCAUCGCCUAGCUGCUGCAACCUCCUCGCUGUCUUCCUAUGGUCCAUGACCACGGACACUUUCGGCCGCCGCAACUUCAUCAACGUUUGCGAAACUGCCACCUGUUGCUUUCUUUCCAUCACAGGUUCUCUGUGGUGGGCAGGAGCUACCUCAGGACAUGUGCCUGCCAGCAAUGCCCUUCUGGUGCUCUGCUGUCUUUGGAGCUUCAUGUUCCAAGUGGUCAACAUGUCAUAUGCAGUCAUGUCCGCCGAAUUGCCAUCCGCCGUUCUUCGAGUUAAAACUGCGCCCGUGACUUUCUUUGCUCAGUCAAUUCUGGGCAUCUCCUUUGGUUAUGCCACACCGCGUAUGCUUCUAGCGUUGAACAUCAAGGCAUGCUUCAUCUUCGGUGCCCUAUCUGUGCCAUGCUGUAUUCUCAUGUGGCUCUACGUCCCGGAGACUAAGGGACGCUCGGCUGCUGAGAUUGAUGAGCUUUACGAGCGUAAGAUUCCAGCCUGGAAGUGGUCCAAGACGAGGACUUCGGUGGAGGAUCAUUCCCUUGCUCUCUUCACAGAGAAAGAGUGA